UUAGCCUGACUUAGGUUUCUUCCCAUAAUUGUUUGGAAAGAUCCAAUAGUUUUUUCCUGCCCAUUUGCUAUACAAUCACAAAGGUCAACUUGGUAAUUUUGUUUAGUGCCCUAUCAAGAGCAUGGCACUCGUAGGACUCGUAUAAAUAGGGGGAAACUUGUUCACUCCAAAGAAAACAAUCCAAGAACCACCAACAAUACAAGUAUAACAAAGCACCCUUAAACUUCUAAGGCCAUUCUCCAAUACAUAAUUUUCUGCCCACUAAAGAAAGCUUCUCUAUUGCUUUGGCAGCAACAAGGAACACCAAAAUAAUGGACCAAAACCAGAAGCUCCUAGAUCAUGCUGCAAAAAUUGACAAGUACGACCAUUUCUUGAGAAGGACUUUGCAGGUUGUUAUCUCAGUCUCUCUUUUGUCCUUGUUCUUUUUCUAUUACCCUGGCGUUUUCUUCUUCCCUUAUUCCCUUGUUCACACUCUUGAGAGGAAGUACAUCUUCAUCAUCUGCAACGGAAUCCUCGCUUUCCUCGCGAAAAGCUCGAGUUCUCGGAGCCUCUACUCUUAUUCGGAUGAGACAGUUCUCGGCGGCAAAUUCUCCGGCGCAGUUCCAAAGUUAGACGCAAUUGACGUUGUUUCAGAAGAGCAAACACUUUCUCCGGAGAGUAGCAUUACUUCUCCGGUCGGUGUCUCUUUUGUCGAUGAAGAGGGAAAAGAACAAGAAACUGUAGAAGACCAAGAAGCUGAUCAUGAAGAACAGGAAGAGCAAGAUAACUCCGAAGACUUAGAGAACGAAAACGACUCGGAUGAAGAAGACAAUGGCCGGUUUUCGAGCAAGGAAGAAGAGGCCGAAGAAGUGGAGGAGGCAACAGAAAGUGCAGCAGAUGAAGAGCUCACGAUUAGUACAGACGAACUGAACAAGAAGUUUGAAGAAUUCAUAAGGAAAAUGAAGGAGGAACUUAGAAUUCAAGCUCAACAGCAACUAAUCACGGCUUAACUAAUUAUAAUUAAUGUUAAUAUAAUUUUAGUGGAUAUAU